UAUUGCAACCAUGUAGGUGCAGGGGAGACAACAUUACUCCCCCGAAGUUCACAAUUCGCUUACGCAAAAACCACCCACAGCCAUCAGCGCCGUCAUUGGUAGAGGAGAGGACUGCGACAAUGUCUUCAGUUUAACGGCCUUAUUUAUGGGUCCCUCCCACCUUACAACUAGACGGCUCUCCCUCUCCGGUCACUAGUCGCUACGUUAGGAGAGCGAGAAAGAGAGAGACCACUUGCCUGCCACUGGUCCGCAACGACUUUUUCUUCUUUAUUCUGAUGGAAAAUGAGCCUUUUCUCGGCUCCCAAACAAUGCCCCAGCCCCAAUCCAUUCGUGAUCAUCAUGAUAUUUCUUUCUCUCUUCCUCAGUCUCUUUCCUCCCCACUUAUAUUCUCUGAAAUCCAGGAUCACCCACAAGAGCAACCCUCUUCUCCCCCCGGAGCUCCAACCCUCUAUAGAUGGAAACCGGGUUCUCUCCGUCGCUCCAAGACGGCUCCAGCCAUGGUCGUUAUGCGAGACUUGAAACCAGAAUCGCCCCAAGAUCCCAAGCCACAAUCUCACUCCGACUCCAUUAUCAGGCAAGCCAUUUUCCUGCUUUCUAUGUAUUUACUUCUCGGUGUGGUUAUCUACUCUUUUAACAGAGAUAACUUCUCCGGUGUAGAAACCCACCCGGUUGUCGAUGCCCUCUAUUUCUGUAUAGUAACUAUGUGUACUAUUGGCUAUGGUGAUAUUGCUCCGUUGACCCCAGUAACAAAAGUUUUCGCCUGCGUCUUUGUAUUGGUAGGCUUUGGAUUCAUAGACAUAUUGCUUAGUGGGGUUGUUAACUAUGUCCUUGAUUUGCAAGAGAGCAUGAUCUUGGCUGGGAUUCAAAUGGGUAAGACCCACCAAGGAUUUUCAGCUAGGAAUUACAUUGUAGAUGUUGAGAAGGGGAGGAUGAGGAUACGAUUGAAGGUUGCUUUGGCACUUGGCGUGGUCGUUUUGUGUAUUGGAAUUGGUAUGUUGGUUCUGUACUUUGUAGAGGAUCUAGAUUGGAUUGAUUCGAUCUAUUUGGCAGUUAUGUCGGUUACUACAGUUGGGUAUGGUGAUAGAGCGUUUAAGACCCUGCCCGGAAGGCUAUUUGCAGCUGUUUGGCUUUUGGUUUCGACCCUGGCGGUGGCAAGGGCUUUUCUUUAUUUGGCAGAGGCUAGAAUUGAUAAGAGACACAGAAGGAUCACCAAGUGGGUUUUGCAUAGGGACAUUACUGUUGAGGAUUUGCUGGCUGCUGAUAUCAAUAACAAUGGUUUCAUUAGCAAAUCGGAAUAUGUAAUCUACAAGCUCAAAGAGAUGGGAAAGAUUGGGGAGAAAGAUAUAUUGCAGAUAUGCAAUCAAUUCAGCAAACUAGACCCCAACAACUUGGGAAAGAUAACGCUACCUGAUUUAUUGGAGAACCGUUUAUGACAAGUAGACGGUGUAAUUUAGUAUGUACUAUUUCAGCAGAAGAAGCUAUCUCCUUAUUCUGGGAGCAGGACACAGGAAGAAGGAACCUGAGAAUCUUCUUGCAAAAGAAUUGGUGGCAUACAUGCGCAAUCGAUGUCCUAUCUAUCAAAAAUAUGGUAGCAGAUUAGCUAUGCAAGCGGUGGCACGAGGAGCUGACAGGCACUUCUUGGCUUAGUACAAGAUCACAGGAGAAAACAAGGAAUGCGAACACAAGGGCAACGCAUGGUUGCCUAGUUUCACGAACUCGACCACACCCCCCAGGCCCAUCUCUCAGAAUCUAGAUCUUUUUAUCCUGGGGCCUUGACUUUGUAUAACAAAUUGACAAUGUGAUUAAAGCAUUGAUACUGGAACAAUUCCCAAGGAAAAAAAUGCAAUGAGAAAAUUGUACAA